GGUAGUCGGAAUGUAAUUACAGCUACAGUGAGCGGAACUAAAAUAUAUCAGAACUUGUUUCCACGAACAGUCGGACAUGUUAUUGUAGAAUACGCACACAAGCAUGGAUGAGAGCGCGCAGCGAGUGUUGGAGUAUCUGACAGACGUAGAGGUUGCUGCAGAAGAUGUACUGGCUGACAAACAACAGAUUGUGGAUCUGGAUCUUCGGAGAAACAGGAACCGAGAAGCGCUCAACGCUUUACGAAACCAUCCAGCAAACGACAAAGUUAAGGUGUGUUUUGGAAACAUGUUCAUCAGAUUCCCUCAAGAAAAUACCAAAUCCAUGAUUCUUAAAGACCAGGAGCAGCUUGACAAGGAAAUAAAUGACCUCCGCACACGUCUAAAAGCAAAAGUAAAUCGCCUCAAUGAGAUACAAGGUAAACCUGAUCUCCGAGGAUACAACCUUUGCCCUCUGAACAGUAAUGAAAUUAAGGCAAUUAACAGCCUCAUUAAAAAAUGAGGUGUACCAACUCUUCAGACUGUCAUAAUUCUUAUGCCAAUAAAUACUUUGGAGUGGUGCAGUGGCCACUAUCUUGCAGUGUCCCAGUGAUUUUGCAGACAUGUCAACAGGGACUGCUUUUUGUUCCUAACCUUGUAAUGAUGUUGAAAGCACACACAGACUGGGCCAUCAUUCAGUGUUAUCUUCUUUUUGUGUUUUCAAUUAAUGAAUGAACAACAGAACAACAUUGUUUUCAAUUAAACAAUUAAAGGGACAGAAGCAAUGUUAUGAUGGGUGUAAUAAUCAGAUGUAGCUUAUAUGACGUUACUUACAGAGGUGCUGUUGUGAAUGACAAGAAUACAGAAAGACUUAAUUUUGAGAAAAACCUUUAAGCAGUAACAUGAGAAAAACCUUUAAGCAGUAGCAUGAAAAAGCUAGACCAAUCAACCUAAUUGUUUUGCAUUGCUUAUUUGGGAUUUAACUGUUCAUGCUUAAUACAUAUGUAUAAUUUUUACUUAAUUGUUGGUCAUGUUUCAUGCAAAGAUGAAAAGAUGUGUCUUUAAAUAGAAUUUACAUUGGGUUGUUGUGAUUAAAUGCUUCUGUGAUGACAUCACCCUGUCCAUACUUUGCUUUGGAAGUCCAUCACACAAUGUACAGAAAAAAACGAACACAAUAAUAGUACAGUUCAGAAGUUCAAGCAUCUUUUCAACUUACAAUAUUUGCAUUUUAGCGAAGAUGCUAUUGAGCAUAUUUUUGGUUAGGUGCCCAUAUAUGCAAUUAUUGCAAUGCUCCCUAUGGUUUUUAAGUUAUCAGGAAAUAAAGAAAUGACACUUUAUUUUUUACAAAAAGAUGCAUUUAAUGCUUGUUGGCCGUUUCUUUCAAUCAUUUCAUGCAGAAAACACAUUUUAGAACAUUUUAAUUUGUUUGUAUGGUUUUAUUUAGCCUAGCCCUAGGCCAUGUCCCUUGGGAAGCACUGGCAUAGAAACCUGUAUAGAUGUUUUGUUUUAUAUUAAUGCAUCGGACAUUUCCCACACGUUGUAACAAUAUACUUUUUCAAACCACAUGACCCCACUGUAAAAUGGGUUUAUCUUGAGUUAAUUGGUAACACUUUACAGCAAGGUGUUAUUUGUUAACAAUUAUUUCAUGCAUUAGCUAAACAUUUAUUAAUGUUAGAUCAUGUUAAUUUCAGCAUUUACUAAUACAUUAUCAAAGUCAAACGUUGUCACUGUUAACAUUAGUAAAUGCACCAUGAAUUAACACGAAUAACUGUAUUGACACG